AUGGCAGACAUCACACAGCGUGAUUCAGAUAUAAGCAAAUGCAGGUGGAAGCUUCUAAGUAUUAGCGCUGGAGCUGCCGGGAGCGGAAACGGGCAGCGCUGGGGAAAAGGAAACUACGCAUGUGGUCUGCGGAGGCCGCCAAAGCUAACAGCGUCUCUCAACCUCCAUCGCUCACGACCACCGAAAAGUGCCCAACAGCUGCCAUCAACCACAUCCCCCGCCUAUCGGUUUUCGACCCAAAACCAUCGCCGCGCUGCUCGUCGCGACCCCCUGUUCCAUUGCAUCCGUUUUUGCGCGUCCCAAACGCCCGCGUGCGGCGCUGGACCGGCUGCGCAGAACAAGCGUGCCCCCUCGACGGGGUUUCCUCAGGGCGCGGCUAUGUCGCUCGGUCAGAACCAGGCCUGGCUGCCUCCAGGCCACCUCCGGCCUCCUGACGACGCCAAUGGCCAUGGCACUCCUCGAUAUUCCUCCGGUGCUCGCACGCCACAGAUGCGUUUAGUUUCGGCCAGCGACCAGGGCUCCCAGGCCGGAAAUUUGAUUUCCGACGCCGAGGCCGCCGCCGAGGAGGACCCUCGCAUCACCCUCUUUCGCGAGCUCUACGACCGUAGCGAAGCCAAGAUCAACGCUUUGUUUAGCAACGAUGGAAGCGCGUCUGCUGCCUCCGACGCUGAAGCCAUGGGGAUCGAGGUUGACUUUCCAGAAGGAGGUGCCUCGGCGCGUGCUGACGACAAUGCGCCGCCGCCUAAGAAACCUGCGCGCAAAAUCGACGAUGACGAUUACGAUGAAUACGACGAUGAUGAAGGAAGUGAGGGACAAGACGACUCGAGUACCUCUCCUUUGAAAGCAAAAUCUACUGCUCACCCAUUAUUACGCGAUGCGUCGCCAGCCCAGCGUCCAACAACUUCGACCGGUACCCCUGUUGACGGUGUCAAGGAACCAAAGAAGGAGACUCUAGAAGGAAUCAGACAAAAAUUGGAAGAGGGCAAAAAGGCGACCGAGGAGGCUGCGCGUCGAAGCUUCCAGACCAUGUUCUACACUUUGGAAAAUGACCAUGACGCCAUGAAGGAACAGGAGCGGCUGGAAGAAUCAGAAAGACUGGUCGAAGCCGAAAUGUCCGGUCAGGGCACUGGGAGCAGUGCGAACGCCGGCGCCAGUGGCUACGGUUCUUUGAGCAGCGCCAACCUCGGCGCGUCUAGCUUGACCUUGAAGAAUCUUAUUGCCCGCAUCGAUAUGAAGCGCACAAUGGUACAAGCAUCCGAUGCCGAACUUCGCAGCCUGAUGAGCGAGGUUCGCAAAAAUCGGAGCAAGUGGGCGAGCGAGGAUAAAGUCGGGCAAGAAGAACUGUACGAGGCCGCCGAAAAGGUUCUCAGUGAAUUAAAGGCCAUGACAGAGCACUCGUCAUUCUUUCUUUCAAGGGUUAACAAACGCGAAGCCCCUGACUACUACAAUAUUAUUAAACACCCUAUGGAUCUAGGCUCCAUGACAAAGAAGCUAAAGACUUUGCAAUACAAGUCAAAGCAAGAAUUCGUUGACGACUUGAACCUAAUCUGGGCCAACUGUUUGAAGUACAACGCAGCUGCGGAGCACUUUCUACGCAAACAUGCUCUGUAUAUGAGAAAGGAGACCGAGAAGCUCGUCCCACUGAUUCCCGAUAUCGUCAUUAGAGAUCGUGCAGAGGUGGAAGCUGAAGAACGGCGGCUCCAGCUUGCUGAAAUGGACGGCGCGGAGGAGAGCGACGAUGAACCUAUUAUGUCUUCACGCGGUAGAAAAGCACCCGGAAAGUCGUCCAUGAAAGGAACCGCUCCGACCCGACAGACACCAACUGGCUCUGAAGGACCAUCCGGCCUCCCUGGCUCGCAGCAGAAGAACUCAGUAGGGCCUGACGGGGAUGCUCCUGCAGAGGGAAGCCAAAACGGACUGUCAACCCCACCACCAGGGACGCUUACACCACUGGGAGCGAACGGGGUUGGCAGCCAAGUUGACGCCAUGGAAAUCGAUGGAUUUACUGCCACCAUCCCAACAGUAGGAGGCCUCUCUGCGAUUGGAUUUGAGCAUGACGACCCCGAAUACCAAGUAUGGAAACAGGUUACCAAGAAGGACCGGGCCCUCAUCGCAGCUGAGCGACAUCGACUCUUCAAGGGCGACAAGUUGAAUGUUGACGAGCCAGCACUCCUUCGUACAAAGACAGGCAUGCGUCGAUGGCUUAAGAAUCAGAAGCAGGUGACCGAGGCCGACAAGGCAGCCCAGUCUAGUACACAGGGUGCACGACCAGGACCUGGAGAAACACUCGCCGAAGGCAUGGAAGAAGAGGAAGAGGAGAAAGUCAUACCCGACUACUACGACGUCAUGUCAGGUAUUCCCGACAUUCCGUCAAAUCUUGCAUGGCACGAAGACUCGGAGGGAAAUGUCGUCGAUAAUUCCGAAGAGUUUCUUCGUAUCCUUCCAAAGGGCUCCUUUAUCCAACCUGACAGCAAACUUGCUCGAAGGUUGGAUGCGAAUAUGAGGCAAAUGCAGGAAACUCGAAAGAUUUGUUCCAAAGUCGGUAUUGUGAAGCAGAUGCAGAUUCAAUCCCAAAUGUACCAGAAUCAGUUUCAAAAAUACCAGCCCGAACCAUUCGUCGAGCAGGAUGUGCCGCCCCAUGUCAUGAACGAUGAUGGCCCUGUGAUUAACCAUGGGAUCUCGAAGGCAGCUCUUCAGCGCUCCGUUGCGAAGAUCCUGUAUCACACAGGAUUUGAAGAGUAUCAGCCUUCUGCUCUAGAUGCUGUCACGGAUGUUGCCUCUGAGUAUUUCAUCAAGAUUAGUGAAACGCUCAAGGGAUACAUGGAAAGCCCGAAGGUCCCGGUUUCCGACACGACUGACGUGCCUAGCUCAGGUGCAGUGCAGCACAAGUCGUACUACACACAGCAAGAGAUGAUCCUGCACACCCUGUCGGUUAUGGGAACUGAUGUUGAAUCCCUUGAAAUGUAUGUCAAGGAUGAUAUUGAGCGUCUCGGUACUAAGCUUGGCGUGAUUCAUGACCGCUUGCGUGCUCACUUUGCGGAACUGCUUCGCCCUGCUCUCAAUGAGGGCGGUGGUGAUGGCUCUAACGCGUUCAACGAUGGCAGUGAGCAAUUUGUCGGUGGGGAUUUUGCCGAGGAUAUCGACGAAGAUUUCUUUGGCUUCAAGGAAUUAGGGCUGGACAGGGAAUUCGGCCUUGCGAGCUUGAGUGUUCCUUUCCACCUUCUCCAAAAUCGGAUGUUCAAUGCACACCAGUCGCAGAACGCAAAUGUCUCGCAGGUUUUGGAUACCAUAUUUCCAACGCCGAUUCCGUAUCCUCGUGUUUCUGCCAAGUCGAUUCAAUCCCAGAUCGGCUUGGUGCGUGAGUUCUUUCUCCAAAAAUUACAGGCCAAUGGAGACGAGCCUUUGGUUGAAGACAUUGAACUGCCGCUAAAGCAGCGCCCAUCCAGGCCAAAACUUCCUGCAUCAGGAAAAAUUGCGCCACCAAACAACACGAACACCAACAUAAGCCCUCAGAAGCGGCCACUCCCAGCCACUGUUGCACAAUCGUCUAGCAAAGGAGGAGCCGGUAGCUCAGAGCCGAGCAAGAAAAAGGCCAAGAAAAACAACGGUACUGCUGCUGAUGCUUCUUCAUCUAUGGGCCCUCCCGGCGCUGAGAAUCCGUUCGGUUCGUCGACCACUGAUGGCAAAUCUGCAAACAAAGCUGGCCAGCAAUCAAGUGCGAAUCUGGGCACGAACGAUUCUGGUCUUGCAGUGAACGGAGACAACUCUGGCAGUGUUUUGACUGAUAUCGAUGCACAGCAGAAUAAAGUCAAUGGCACUGCUGUGUCAUCUUCAACCAGGGACAACGCAGCCAACCAAGGCGCCGGCAUGAUGAGCCCGGAGAGUAUCAACGGCCAAGCUUAG